AUGGUAUUCAAGUUCGUCGCUGUAUUUGCUCUUCUGGCUGUCGCCAGCGCUGGUUUACUGCCGGCUGCUCAAGUGUACCAUGCGGCACCCGCUGCCCAUGUCAUCAAAGCCGCGCCAGUGGCGUACGCCGCACAGCCCGUGUUGGCCAAGGCCGAUGAAGAAUACGACCCACAUCCUCAGUACAAAUACAGCUAUGAUGUGCAGGACGCGGUAUCCGGUGACUCGAAAACCCAAGUGGAGGAACGUGAUGGUGAUGUGGUCCGCGGCGAAUACUCCCUAAUUGACGCUGAUGGUUACAAGCGCACCGUUCAAUACACCUCGGACCCCGUGAAUGGUUUCAACGCCGUCGUUAACCGCGAACCUUUGGUUAAGUCCGUUGCUGUCGCUCCAGUCGUAAAGACAGUGGCUCCAGUUGCCCAUUACGCUGCUCCUGUUGCUCACUACUCAGCCCCUGCAGUGGUCAAAACUGUUGCUCCAGUCGCCCACUACUCCGCCCCUGUCGCGCACGCCUAUUCGGCUCCCGCUUAUACCACCUACACUGCCGCUCACCACUAA